GUGUCCUUGGGCAAGACACUUAACCCCCACGUUGCUCCUGACACCAGGGUGUGAAUGGCACUUUGACUGGGUCAUCAAUUGUGUAUAAAUACUUGGAUUUGAGUAAAUUAAACAAUGUUUUUAUUUAAAAAAGUAUUUUUUAUGUCACUGGUGAUGACGGAGGGCAGCUCUUCAGUUUUUGCGUUAUUUCUCAUACAUAUACAUACAGUAUAUAUGUAUACAUAUACGCAUAUAAUUAAAUUAAGACACAAGUUUGAGUUUUUGUGUGUACCAGCCUCAGUGUCAGGACUCGGAGGUUCGUUGUUGUGGUUUGAACGUGUCCUUCCUGAUAAGAAACCAGAGAAACAAUGAACAAUUCAGCUUCUUCUUCUUCUCCUCCUCCUUCACUUUGCCAUUUCUUCGCCCGCUUCGCAUCACGACUGUCUUUUCUCCGGGGAAUCGCCCAACAGGUGAGUUUAACAUUCUCGAAUAAUCUGAUCUCGCACUGCACUGAUUUAACCAAUUCUAGAUAGCGGUGCAUAUUUGUACCAUGCACUGUUUGAGGGUCUGUGUUCCUGAAUGCAUACAAUAAGUUGUACUUUCCAUAUUCAAUUGAGAAUCUAAAAUCAGAACGUGAAGAAAAUGGUUAUUUAUUCUGCAAUGUCAAUCAAAACAAUUCGAUUUUUGUACUUUUCCCUCCCACUCAUUGACGUUUUCUUGGGUGGGUUAGGGUUAGGUUGCGCGUUUCUUCCCGUUGAACAAGGGUGUUGGAGACUCACAAAUCCCAAUCAAGCUACAGUUGACGAUUUCACAGUCCACGCACAAAUAGGAGAAAGUAAAUGUCCACAUCAGGCCCGGCCAAAUCUGUUUUCUUCAUUGACUACAUUUUGAUUUGAGCACAAAAUCAAACAUAUUUGUCUUUUCAUUAAUUUGUCAAAUGUACUGUUUGUCGAGCUCAGAGUCUCACAUUCCUCGAAUGAAGAUUUGCGUGGUUGGUAUUGACCAAGGUUACGGUUUUUCCAGCAGAUAAAUGCUGUUUUGGAGACUUGAAAUCAACAGCUGCGUCUUUUAUCAGUGAAGAAAGUUUGGCCUCGAAAGACUGCGGGAGAGUCACCGUGCUACAAAACAACUGAUGUAUUAGAGCUGCAGAAAGAACUGUACUGUUUGUAUGUGUGUUGUAUAUUAUUAUUAUUAUAAUAAUAACAAUAAAAAUGUGUCUUUAUUACGUAUCGCCUCCAAACAGUAAGCAGGACAAGCGGCGACAGAAAUGGCCGGCUGGGAACUGCUGGGCCGCCUGCUGGACAAGGUUCAGAGUCACUCCACGGUGAUCGGGAAGGUCUGGCUCACAGUGCUGUUCGUGUUCCGCAUCCUCGUCCUGACCACUGGUGCUGAUAAGGUGUGGGGCGACGAGCAAGCCGAGUUCGUGUGCAACACUCAGCAGCCCGGGUGCGAGAACGUCUGCUACGAUCUCGCCUUCCCCAUCUCUCACGUUCGCUUUUGGUUUCUCCAGAUCAUCGCCAUCGCGACGCCAAAGCUGCUCUACCUUGGCCACGUCCUUCAUGUGCUCCACAUGGAGAAGAAGGUGAAGGAGAGGAUGAAGAAGCAGGCAGAGUUGGAUGAUCAGGCCGGCCUGUACCUCGGUAAGGCCUACAAACUCCCCAAGUACACCAAGAGCAGUGGCAAGAUCAGCAUCCGUGGCCGCCUCCUACGCAGUUACGUCCUCCAUCUUUUGGCCAAAAUAAUCCUAGAGGUCGCUUUUCUCGUGGGUCAGUACUUUCUGUUCGGAUUCACCCUCGAGACGCGCUACAUCUGCACCCGCUUCCCCUGCCCUCACGAGGUGGACUGCUUCCUCUCCAGGCCGACAGAGAAAUCGGUCAUCAUCUGGUUCAUGCUGGUGGCGACGGUUAUCUCCCUUGCCCUCUGCCUGUUGGAGCUGCUCUAUCUGUGUGUGAGGGCUGUGAAGGAGUGCAUGGCGAGGAGGCAGGACUACACCGUGACCCCAGUGACCCCGCCGUUCUCGGAACGCAAAGUGUUCAAAAGCCGCAACGAGAUGAUGCAGAACUGUGUCAACCUGGAGCUGGAGAGACAAAUAGUGGGGGUGAAUGGGGCCAAAGGUGGGGUGAGCAAGGUCGCCAAGACUGGACCAUCUGAGAGUGAUGUGGGGGAGGUCCACAUCUGAAGCUGGGGGUCGGUGAUUGGUUGUUCUAGAAGAGUUUCAGUGUCUGUGUACUUGGCUUUAGAGAGGAAAGACCUGUGUUUUUCUAUGAUAAAUAGUGGUGGAGGGUGGGAAGUAGCCAGCUGCUGUAAACAGGUGUCACUCACAUGCCAAAUGUUACUCAAAAUAACUUUAAGCGACCUUUUUGACACAAUACACAAACAAAAAGACGUUUUAAAGACUGUAGAAUAGAUCUAUGAUCAAUUUUAGGAUGAUUUAAGACAGUUUGAUGUUAACAUUUUUGAUUCAAUAAACCCCCUCAUAUACACAA